AAGGAAAAGAGAAAAGUGGCAGUAGCAGUUUGUUAGCUAGGUGUGUGAGGUAAGUUAGCUAGCUUUAGAGAAGUUGGCUAGUUUUAGACAGUGAUUGAGGACUUUACUCUGGACACACACACACUCUGAGUCAUGGCUGGAACUGUGAGUUUGGAGCUGGACCCUGUUUUCCUGAAGGGUUUGGGGUACCUGCACUCUAAGAGCAAAGACUCUGCGGAGAAGCUGAAGGCCCUGCUGGAUGAGUCUCUGUCCAGAGGAAGUGAUUCAGCGUAUCGUACCUCACUGAAGGAAGCCGAGCUUUCCAAAGUGUCAGUACCCAAACUGAUCAAACAGGACUCCAAAUCAGUGUCCACCUCAUCGUCUUCGUCAUCAUCAUCAUCAUCAUCGUCGUCUUCCAGCAGUAAAUCCAGCAGCUCGGAGAAAAGCAAGAAGGAAGGAGAGAAAAGACCUGCUGAGAAGGUGAGGUUGGAGUGUGGAGAUGCAGGUGAUCCACCCAAAAAGCCACGUCUGGAUAAAGCAGAAAAUCGCUCAUCGCCCAUUGCCUUCCAGACUAAAGACAUUCCCAUGGGAGACUUCAGCUACAGUGAUGAGACCAAUGCUGAUGUCUUCGCCAUGGAGAUGGGAUUAGUGUGUGUCGUGUGCAGACAGAUGACGGUGAUGUCAGGGAAUCAGCUGGUGGAGUGUCAGGAGUGUCACAACCUGUACCAUCAGGAGUGUCACAAACCUCAGGUGACGGAUAAAGACGUGAAUGACCCGAGGUUGGUAUGGUACUGCGCACGCUGCACACGCCAGAUGAGGCGCAUGGCUCAGAAAACGCAAAAGCCUCCUCAGAAAGCAAGUCCAACUGUAACCUCGGUCACGCCAGUGGUUAAAGACCCGCUGGUGAAGAAGGCGGAGCUGAAACCCAAACUAGACACCACAGGAUCUUUUCAGGCCUUUAAGAGGACAGAGGUCAAGGUGAGGACAGAGGUCAAGGCGUCCUCUGCGGCACUUGUGAACUCGUCCAGCAGCACAUCAUCUCUCCCCUCCGGCAGCGCCCUCACGGGCUGGGCUGCCUUCACCAAAACCUCUGCUUCAACUUCCUCCGGAGCCAAACCAGGCCUGGCUAAGCCCCUCCCCUCCUCUACCAGUUCAAAGCCCAUUGGUCUGUUUGCGUUGGGGACCAAAACACAAACAGGAAGUGGAAACGGGAACAACGGUGGUAAUGGGAACACGGCGGCCCAGCUGAAGCCGCCUCCCCCUCUCACACUGGGGAAACCUGCUCUGAGUCGUUCCAGCAGCGGAGAGAACCCAGGAAAAUCCGGCUCCUCCUCACCCGGGGCGAGUGGCUCCAGUGGUGCAGGGGGCAACGGGGCAGCGGGCGGCUCAAACGGGGGGGCCAAUGGGGGCAACAGCAGUAGCGCCAGCAGCAGCAAUAGUAACGCUCCCAACAGUCAGAAAGCAUCAGCUGACGGUAAAGCGCCAACAUCACAGGAGUCUCAGCUCAACGCCAUGAAGCGCCUGCAGAUGGUGAAGAAGAAAGCAGCGCAGAGGAAGCUGAAGAAAUAACCACACAGCACAGAGGGGGGAGGGAGAUUACAGUCUAAUGAACCGAUACUGAGGAAAUUAUCACAGAGAGAGAGAAGACAGGAAGUAAGUUGAGAGGGAGAGACACAAACGACACCAAAAUCAGAAAUGAAUAAAAAAAUGAACAUCUUUUAAAAAAACAACAGACAGGGAUAGACAGAUUGGAAAAAGAUGGAGAGGAAGGGCAAAUUAGAAAAACUGAAAUAGACAAAUUGAUAUAAAGAAAGACAGACAAGUACAUUUCCUGUCUGUCUGUCUUUGGACAUAUCAACAGAGACUGAUGGACAAACAGAAAUAGGAAAGACAGAUAUAGAAUGCAAAAAGCCAGAAAAAAUAAAUAUUGUAGACAGGUAGAAAGGAAAGCAUUAUGCCAAAUUAAUAAUAGUAAGAAUAAAUCAUCUCAAAGAAAGAGCUAAAGAUGGGGAGAGACUGUCAGGUGGAGGAGCUUAAAUGGCAAAUCCCAAACGAGUAAUAAAUGAUGAUGAGACAAAAGGAAAUACAGUUCAGCACUAAUACUUGAAGGUGUGUGUAGACUCUGCUUGUGUGUGUGUGUGUUGCGCUCUGUGCCUCGUAAAGCAGCAGCACUGAUCAGCUCAUACUUUAAAUAAACACCUUUUAAUAAAA